AUGUCCUCGCAAAUAGAAACCAUCUCAGCGUUCGUGGAAGGAGCUCCACCAGGAGAGCUCGCAGAUGUCAUCGCUGAUAUCAAGGCUUUGACCAUCGACACACCAAAUCUUGUCUCGGAACUCGGUCCUGCAUUCGAGAGAUAUAACGAGGAACAGUUUGCUACAGUCAAACUUCCCGGAAGCAGUCAAAAUGUUAUAAUCAGUUCCUAUAAUUCUCUGGGGGAUGGAAGAUACUAUGAUGUCGAGAGUUCAUCUAGUUUUGUUUUCGAUCACACUACGCAGAAAGCGAGUGCAGUGCAAAGUUAUGUCUUAGAGGGCAGUCAAGCAGAUCUUGUUAAGUCGAUCCUUAAGAGCUUGGGUCCGCAUGUAGCAGAGCAUUUUCCAAAUGCAUCAUACGGCGCUUUUCCCAUUGAAAACGAUUCCAAGAUCGCAAUACUUGUUGUUGCCAAUAAAUACAGCCCAAACAACUUCUGGAACGGUCGCUGGCGCUCAUUAUAUAUCUAUGAAACCUUGAACUCCUCUCUCACUGGCAGUAUCAAGGUCGACGUUCACUACUACGAAGAUGGAAAUGUUCGACUUCUUACUACCAAACCUAUCUCGGCAACAGCAUUAUCGUCGGCCCCUAGCAUUGUACGGGAAAUUGCCGGCGCUGAAAAGAAAUACCAGGAAGAGAUCAAUAAAGGAUUUAAUAAUUUGAGCGAAGGAGCAUUCAAAGGAUUAAGAAGACAGUUGCCCAUUACCAGACAAAAGAUUGAAUGGGAUAAGAUUGCAGGUUACAGAUUAGGGCAAGAUAUUGGUGGUGGAAGCUCUAGAAGAUAG